GUGCUGCUGAGUUGAAUGACUCUGAUGCCUCUGUUGAGAGUGGUGAGUUUUGAUUGUUGCUACACUGUGGGAGAGCUGCUGGGAGAAGGAGGCUGUGGUGCGGUUUAUGCUGGUGUUUGUAAUGCAGAUGGGAAACAGGUUGCUGUGAAAUAUGUGCUGAAGGACCCCCGCGACAGAUUCAUCACUAUUCCUGGAGAAAAGUACCCACUUCCUGCGGAGGUGGCGUUAAUGAAGAUGGUAUCCAAGCCACCUCACUGUAAUUCUGUGCUGAAACUACUGGAUUGGUUUGACACGCCCGAGCACUACAUCCUAAUCCUGGAGCGACCCAUCCCCUGUAUGGACCUCUUUGACUUCAUUCAGCAAUUCCCAAUGAAUGAAGCUGUGGCUCAGCUCAUCAUGUGGCAGGUGGUUCUGGCUGCAAUUCACUGCCAUGAUUGUGGAGUUUUUCACCGGGACAUCAAGCCAGAAAAUCUUCUGGUGAACACCGAGACACUGGAGGUCAAGCUGAUCGACUUUGGCUGUGGGGACUUACACAAGGAAACAGCGUACACCUCAUUUUCAGGCACUAAGUCAUACGCUCCACCUGAGUGGAUAGUUGAGAAGGAAAUGUAUAGCUGGCCUGCUACUGUGUGGAGUCUGGGCGUACUCCUGCACACCAUAGUUUGUGGAGAGAUGCCGUUCGGGCUCCAUGAAGUGGAGAUUGUUGAUGGGGGUCUGGACUUUUUACCUGAACUUUCUGAUAGCAUCUGCGUGGAUGAAGAUUAUAGAAAGAAGACUGUGUGUGUGUGA